AUAAAUCUAUGUCGGAGAUAUCAAAUACUAGAUGACUCGAGACCCAACAUGAUAUGAAAAGCAAUAAUUGAAUAGCCCAGUAUCAAUACAUUGGCGAAUUUAAGUUGAUCUCAAGUGAGCAUGAGGGAUGAGGUUCCAUAACCAUAGUACGUUUAGUGACGAGGAGGUACAGUCCGGGUCGGCAACAGGUUUCUCUGACGGAGAACGAGAAGAAUCUCCAAAAUCUGCCGGUAGAAUGAAUAGCACAUUUGACCCAGUGACCCAGAUUCUAGACAAAAUUGACGCGGAACUUGUAUCACUUACAAGAUCUCAAGGGAGUAGUAGCACUGCUACUACAGGAACUGAUAACACUGUCAUUAGAAGACCCAACAGUAGACAAUCACUGGAGAACAGUAGACUGGACAAUGGUGAUAGUUUAUCACUCAGUCAACUAGGUCCAAACUUCAAACCAUCACUAUCAUUACAAAGUGAACAAGAUACUGGUAUAGGAACCGGUAGUAUACAAGAUAGCAGCUUACAACAUAGAAGCCUGGAGCCAGAAAUAAGACCUCUAGAGCCGGGUGACAGUUACAGAGAUGACUUGAGGAGACAUCAUCAACGAUCAUCUACUGCUCCAGAAAUGAUGUUCCUGAAUGGACACCAUAUGAGCGAUGAUGACAAACAGAAACGUGAGAACCAGACUGGCUCACCUUUUGAAGCCAAGCAGGUGGAUGACAAGUUUAAAGAGAUAUUACAGAAGAGGAAAGGAGGUGUUCAUAAAAAUGCUGAAGAUGACACACAAACCAUCAGAACUGAAGAUUUUGUUGACAAAUUUCAAGACACCUUAGUAUAUAGUUCAGCAGAUGAAGCAGAAAAGUUACGGAAUAUUGAGGAUGAUCUCCAUAGCGACGAUAGUGGUACUAGACCACUUGCAAGACCUCUCAUAGAGCGUACAAAGAAGAAACUAGCCAGUUCAUUGGAAAUAAGGCCCCGCAAAGCCGCAGGUCCUGGCACACCACCUGUAUAUCCUAAGCCGACGCCCACGACAUCACUUCCACGCCCCUCAACUAGAUCCGCCCUUAAAUUUACACCAGGUCAUGCCAGUGAUGCUGAUUCAGUCAAAACAGAAGAUUUCGAAUAUAAAUUUAAGAACAUGAUGAUAAAUCCUGGAGGGAAGAGACAAGAAGAGAGUGACCUUGAAUCUGUUAGCAAUGACCCCAUUCAUACCAAGGUCAAACAACUUCUUAAAGCUACUGCAAAGUCAUCUCAAAGAAUAGUUACGGAUUAUAAAAAAUCAGACAAGCCCAAAUCAGAUUACAAAACAAAACAACACGUGAGAAUUUCACCUCAGCCAGUACAGUAUCAGGAAGAUGACAAGGGAGAAGACUCUGAUGAUACUCUGUGUUCUGAUAAACCCAGUUCUGUCCCUUCUUACAGAAGUCCUAGGAGUACACCAGUUGUACAAGACGAGGGCACAGAUGCAGAGACGCGUAGACAGAUUGCGAGAGAGUCGGACAAAAUACGACGUGAGAUGGAACGUGAACGCAGAGCAAAGUCAAUGUCGCCAGGACGUGAACGCUCUCCAACACGCACAUAUCUUACCCUCACUCAGUCACCAAAGACUUUAUAUGACAAAGGGGACAGACCAAACAUAAAUGGUGGUGUUGGUGGUGGUAAAAGUCUGUCAGAUGAAGAAAAGGAAAGGUCAGCUGAGUUGAAAGCCACACAGAGUGCCCUUGAAGUGACACAGAGUGCCCUGGUCGAGGCCCGGAAAAAUUUAAAGGAGGUGCAAGCCCAGUUUGAGGAUGUCAGAACGCAGGUGAUGUUAUCUGAAUAUAAGAAAGAGAACUCCUCUAAACAACUUGCCCGUAUAUCGAAUGAUCUACAGAGGAAACAGGCCGAGGCUCAGAACCUUGACACGCAAACAAAGAGCAGAAUGGAGGAGCUUAAACAGUUUGAUGCCAUAGGUUUCACCAAAGAUGAGGCUGUACAAAUAAUAGGAGAGAAUGAGAAGAUGAAGAGUAGAUUAAGGAAUCUAGAUGCCAUACAUGCUGAGAGAGAUGAGUUGAUACAACAGCUUGAUACUACCAAACAAGAAUUGUUUACUGAACAGAGGAAAGCUAGAACUAAAAUUGAUGAACUUAAAGAAGAGAUUGAGAAUGUUACAAGUACAUAUGAGCAAACACAGACUGAGAGGGAUGAAGCCAAUAAAAAACUGCAGAAACUUGAAGCUGCAUACAGGAAAAUGGAGAAAGAAAAAAAUGAACUAAUUCAGGCAAUUAAUUCUGAGGAGAAAACUCGUCAUUAUGAAGAGGAACGUGAAAAGUACAAGACGGAGAAAAGUGAGUUACGUAAACGUAACUUAGACGAGAUGGAAACAAUGAGACAAGAUCUUAUCAGAAUGACAAAUAAGGUCGCUGGGUUACAAGAUGAAGUAAGGGCAAAAGAGGAACUACAUUUACAGCUCAGGGAUCAGAUUUUGACGCUGCAAGAGAAGUAUGACAACGAGAAAACCAGUCGUAACUCGAUCCUCGACGAACACAAAAAGACCCUUCAGACUCUUAGAAAAGAUACUGACACAGCCAUGGUUCAGAUGAGAGAGUCGUUAUUCCUUGAGAAGCAGAAGACAGUUGAUAUGAUGCGUGAAGAGUUAGAUCAGGAGAGACGGGACAUCGCGGCACGUACAGAGGAAAGGUAUGCGGCACAAAUCACAGAGCUUGAGACAAUCAUUAAGGCUAAAUCAGAUGAGAUUUUACAUUUGAGUAAAUUAGCUGCUAAAUUAGAAACAGAUCUGACUAGAAGUAAGGUGAACAUGGAGGAUGAAAUAAAAAUGCAGGUUCAAGAAGCUGUCAGUAAGGAGAGAAAGAACUUGGAGGAUGAUAAGGACUGGGCAGUACAGCAAACACAGGACAGACUUGAACGGGAGCACAGAGAGAGGAUCAAACAUUUUCAGGAGGAGAUGACCAGAAUGAAAGAUGAGCAGAGAGGUCUUGAGGCCAGAAUGAAGGAGCAACGACAGGAACUGGAGGAGUUAAAGAAUUCUAACAAGGCUGUAAUGCACGAAAAACUUGUUGCUGUAGCACGUGCCAAGGAGUUGAUGAGACAAGAACAUUUAUCUGAGCUAGAUAGAAUUAAAGAACAAUUAAAACAGGAGCAUAAGAAAGAAAUCGAGAAACUAAGGGACACAAUCAGACUUCAGGAAGAAGAGUUACGUCAGCUUCGUGAGGAAUGUAUGCGCUUCACAAGACAACAAAAAGAGCUAAACUUCUCACAGGACAGAACUGAACGAACCUUAGUUAAUGAGAUAAAUGAAGAAUGCAGGAAAACAUCCGAGAUGCUCGGACUUACUCCUAGAAAAAUAUCACUCGGCAGUUCACAAAACAACCUCGGUCCUUCAAAAUCUGCAACAACCUCAGCACUGCAAAAGUCCCGAGAUGACCUGUUCUUGUUUACGGACGCCCAAGAAGUUUGUCGCGGAAGCGAGUUUAAGAUACUUACUUCUCCAAGGGUAGGCCCUAAGGACGAGAAUCAACAAAACAAGGAAUUUAAAACAGAUAGGGCUAACCUUCGUGCAUGUAACGAGGAACUCCGAAUGCAUGUGACCGACUUACAGCGGGAAUUAGAGGUACAGCGUAACACACUUAAUGUCGCAGAUAGACAAAAGAAUAGGAAAAUGGCUGAGGACAUAGUGAAAAUGGAUGAAGCUCUGGUUACUUUAAAAAGACAGCUUGAGAGAGAAAAAGAAGAAGAAAUGUCAAGACUGAAAGAAAAACUUGUCAGAGGACUUUCGACAAAUGAAUACAGAAGUUUAUUAUAUGCCCCUGACAAUGAUAUGGCAGCUAACCGUAGUGAAACCAAAUCAUAUCCCAACGAGCGUUACCUCCGACAAAUGUCCGAACAACAACAUCAAGAUCUGGAGAGGCUUGAACAAGAGAUUAGUAAAUUAGUAACAAAUACUGGGUCUGGAUCACAAGGUCAUGAAGAUAUAGAUUAUGCAAAGAGACUUGCCCAGUUACAGUCUAAAGUACGGCAGUUACAGACUGACAACAGUAAUUUACGACGUGCCAAAUUCAACGUGUCUUCCAGUAGUCCUAAUCUAACCACACCAGAAAUGUACAACUCACAUAGAAAGUUCACAAUGAGAUCACCAUCACCAACAAGAGACCAGACGAGAUUAGCAAGUAACCUUGAACUACGAAUGCGGGAACACGAUUACGAGACCGAGGCACUGACCCAUCAUCAGAGAGUGAAUAGAGAUAUCAUGUCGAAGAAAAUGGCGGAGAUGUCUAAAUUACAGAAUACACUUACUAAUCAGGCCAAGGAAUUGAUCCAGCUGGAAAAGGCAUACACCCAGUUAAACCAACAUGCAAAAUCACCACGAGCAUCAAUACGAUAGUGAAUCAUGUGAUACUUAUACAAAUUUAACUCAAUUUUCUUAAUUAUUGUAAUGUCAUUUUGUAAUAUAUUCGAAAUAUAUUUUUAUAGAAAAUAUAGAUGUUAAAGAAAUUGUUCACAGAAAAGUAAAACAGAUCAAGUAAAAGCAAUUCCAUAUUUAUUCUAGAAACUUUUUUUCAACUUAUUAUAAUACGUAAUAUUUUUUAUAAGAUGAAAGAUGUUACAUGAUCUUUUAUUGUGUUUGUAAUCAAUGAAAAAAUUUCAAAGUCUAUGUUUAUUUAUUAACAUUUUAUUAUGUGGAAGACAAUUUUUGUUGUAUUGUUAGUGAAAAAUAUUCCGUCCUUAAUUUAUAUAUAUAUUAAGUGCUUAUUUUAAAUUCUUUUAAACAUGGUGUAAGAUACCUUUUAUUUAAUAAUAAAGAACGAAAGCAUGGUAGUUUUAAUUGAUCUUCUGCAAAGUUUUGAUAAUAAAGAACAAUUAUUGACAGUGAAUGAUAUUUUUUAUAUUUCACUGAUUGAUUUGAGUGUCACAUUGAAUACCAUACAAUAUACACUAAUUUGAAAAAAAAAAACGUAUUUGAGAUGGAAAUGAUUUUUACAUAAAUGACUGCCUUUUUACAACAUUAAAUUAAAUUUUGUUUAUUUGUGUAUUUGUUACUUUUCAUAAAGUUAUUUAUAUACUUAUAUUUCACUAAAUAAGACAUAAUAUUAUAUAUAAUGUAUUUUUUACAAGUUACUUCCCAAUACGAUAUAUCUACUCCGAACCACUACUUCACAUAAAACAAGUUACAUCAUUUAACUUACUUCACAUACAUCCAUUACACUGACUUAUAUCCCAUUUACUUCACAAAUAUCUAUACAGGUAUAUGUGAAGUAACACACAGUUAUUAUUUUUCUAUUACUUCUCAAAUAACUAAAUAAUAUCUCACAUAACAUCUAUUACACACAGUUAUAUUCCUAUUACUUCACAACAAUACAAAUAUAUGUGAGGCAAUUUCACAUAUAUCUAUUACACAAAAUUAUUAUAUUCCAUUUAUUUCACAAAAUAACUAUAUAAUUAUAUGUGAAGUAACUUCACAAUUGUGUUUUACUGUGAUAUAACUAGAGAAAUGACUAAACAAGUGCUGUGAUAUUAUACAUUUAUUGAAGAAGUUACUUCUAUUUUCAUUUUACAUAUUUUAAAUAACAAAUUUUGUAAAAAAUUAUAUAUUUUUUCUUUUUAGACCUGUAUUUAUUUACUUACGGGGUAAAUCAUUGUUGUAUUAUUUAUUCAGAGUAUUAUUUAUAAAAAAAAUAUAUAUCUAUAUAAAAGGAUUUUAGAAAUUUACAAAAGUUUUUAGGAUUUUGUAAAAACAAUUGUUACUAAAAUUGUGCAAAUACAUGUACAUGUAAUUUCUUUGUGACAAUUUAUCUCGGACAUUGUGUCUAAUUUAUCUCGGACAUUGUGUCUAAUUCAUCUCGGACAUUGUGUCUAAUUUAUCUCAGGCAUUGUGUCUAACUUAUCUCAGACAUUGUGUCUAAUUUAUCACGAUCAUUGUGUCUAAUUUAUCUUGGACAUUGUGUCUAAUUUAUCUCGGACAUUGUGUCUAAUUUAUCUCGGACAUUGUGUCUAACUUAUCUCAGACAUUGUGUCUAAUUUAUCUCGGACAUUGUGUCUAAUUUAUCUUGGACAUUGUGUCUAAUUUAUCUCGGACAUUGUGUCUAAUUUAUCACGGACAUUGUGUCUAAUUUGUCUUGGACAUUGUGUCUAAUUUAUAUUGGACAUUGUGUCUAAUUAUCCCCCGCCGAAAAUUUUCGGCGGAGGAUAUAGAAAUAGUCUCCGUCCGUCCGACCGUCCGUCCCUCCUUCCGUCCGUUCGUCCGUCCUUCCGUCCGACAUUUUUGUCCGGAGCAUAUCUCUAAAAGUAUUUGAGUUAUCAACUUGAAACUUCAUAGGUGGAUAGACCUCAUUGAGGAGGAGUGCAGUGCACAAGAAUGAUAACUCUACCUUGCAUGAUUUUUGAGUUAUUGCCCUUUGUUAUUUUUCAAAAUUGAUUUUUGUCCAGAGCAUAACUCCAAAAGCCUAUGAGAUAUUAACAUGAAACUUGAUAGGUGCAUAGAUCUCACUCAGGAGGUGUGCAUUGCACAAGAACGAUAACUCUACCUUUCAUAAUUUUUGAGUUAUUGCCCUUUGUUAUUUUUCAUACCUAAUUUUUCACCUGAGUGGAGCAUAACUCAAAAGUGUUUGAGAUAUCAACAUGAAAUGUCAUAGGUGGAUAGAUCUUAUUGAGGAGGAAUGUUGUGCGCAAGAAUGAUAACUCUUCCCUAUACAAUUUUUGAGUUAUUGCCCUUUGUUUUUUUUCAUGCUAUUUUGUCCAGAGCUUAUCUCAAAAAGUAUUUGAGGUAUCAACUUGAAACUUAAAAGGUGGAUGGAUCUCAUUGAGGAGGAGUGCAGUGCUUAAGAAUGAUAACUCUACCCUGCAUUAUUUUUGAGUUAUUGCCCUUUGUUAUUUUUCAAAAUUAAUUUUUGUCCAGAGCAUAACUCAAAAAGCCUUAGAAAUAUCAAAAUGAAACUUCAUAGAUCUCACUCAGGAGGUGUGCACUGCACAAGAAUGAUAACUCUACCUUUUAUAAUUUUUGAGUUAAUGCCCUUUGUUCUUUGUCAUACUUAAUUUUUCAAUUCAAUUUUUUUCUCAAAAAGUAUUUGAGGUAUCAACUUGAAACUUCAUAGGUGGAUAGAUUUUACUGAGGAGGGAUGCAGGACACAAGAAUGAUAACCUACCCUGCAUUAUUUUUCAGUAAUUGCCCUUUGUUAUUUUCAGCCAUCAGUAUUCACAUAGGUUUCAAAUCUGUAAUCACUAUAGCCAUCAGUUUUCAUUACCAAAAGACCUCUUAAAAUGGAAUUAUUCCGCUCUACUACAUAUACAUUCUUCCAAUGAGCAAACACAUUCGGCGGGGGAUGGCCAUGUUGACAUGGCUCUUGUUUAUAUUGGACAUUGUGUCUAAUUUAUAUUGGACAUUGUGUCUAAUUUAUCUUGGACAUUGUGUCUAAUUUAUAUUGGACAUUGUGUCUAAUUUAUAUUGGACAUUGUGUCUAAUUUAUCUUGGACAUUGUGUCUAAUUUAUAUCGGACAUUGUGUCUCUCAACACUGAUUCAGAAAUAAUGUGGAAUUAGUAAUCGGUCACUUGCAGAGAAAUUGAUAAUUACUGGUUAGUUAUCCAGUAAAGACGGUUAGGUUAAUGGACUACCAAGUUAUAACCAAAACAUGUGUUUAAACUGGUGUGAAAAACAAACAAACAAAACAGUGUAAAUGAUUACAAAAUGUUUAUAAAAUUGUGCAGAAGAAGUACAAUUGACCUUUUUUAACAGCUGGAAUUUAAGGUUUGGUGCAAAAUUGGGUGUUUAAAGUUUAAGUUAAAUGAGUAUUCAUUCAAUUUAAUGUCAGUGUAUGACUAUAAUUGUUUUUGUUAAACUUCUUACUUUGAAUUGUAAAAGGUAUUAAAAUAUGUAUUGUAUUAUUUUAAUCAAACAUUUUAAACAUUGAUAUAUAUUGAUAUUAAGGUUGGAAUUAUUUGUAUUUUUUGUCAUUGCUUUAGGAGACCCAGUAUUUUAGUGCAAAGACUAUCUUUUGUUUAUUUUAGAUAUAAAUUUACGACAUGGUUUUGUACCUAAUAUUGCAAUGUAAAGUAAUAGUUUACCCUAUGUCAGAAAGUGAUUUGUCUUUGCCACCAGUAUAAAGUAUGGCCAGCCUACAUAUUUUGUACAGUUGACCAUCUGGUUAGCUCAAUAGGUAGAGCAUUGGACUGUGAAUUGGGCGACUUUAGUUCGAUUCCGGGAUGGUACAGGUCAUUUUCAUUGUGAUUGAUCAUGAAAUCUUUUCUAUUGUCAUUCACACUGUACAUCUGCUCUGGCAUGUACAGAAGUUUCAGUUCCUUGCGAAAGUGGAGGCAGCUAGUACUGGUAAACUGCUUGACAGUCUGCCCAGGAACGAUGCGGUGGCUGAACUGCUCUGGUGAAUUCAAUGUGGCUUACUGCCGUGAUCUGUGAAUACUACCAACACCACCACCACAUUUGCACAGUCUGACCAGGCUCUAUACUAGUGAUAUUUCAAUUGGUAUACAUGUAUUUUGAUAUUAAAAUCAUUCCAAUUUUAAAUGGGCACUUUCAAAUUUCAAAGCAAUUUAAACAAAUUACUAGACCAUUCCAGCAGGUUAAGGAAAAUAAAGAUUACUUGAUUGGUUGAAAAUAUGACUAUUUGGUUAGAUAAUUAACUGAUUCACUUGGAUUUGGGAGGGGGGAGUUAACCAUAAAGGUUUUCCCAUUAUUUCUUUAAAUUAAAAUGAGUUAAAGGUAAAUGUUUGUCCCUUUAGAAUGCAGGAACCAAAAGUAGGUGGCCUCUGCUAACUGCAUACAGUCUGACACUCAGGCAAGACUGCUCUUCAUUGCAACCUGACCAGGCUCUAUAAUUAUAAUGCUGGCAGACUUCAAAUUUUCAUCUUAUCCCUAAAACUGAUAAUGGACAGUUCCAAAAAAGAAAACUGGACAAGUCCAUUUAUCAAGAUUAGGGUUAGGAUUAUAAGUACUGUGAUAUAUAGAUAGUAACUGUGUUAGUAUAAUUUUACAUUUUCUAUUCAUAAUGAAUUUAUAUGAUUGUGUACAAAUAUUGUAGACAAUGUGAUUGUAUUUGAUGUAUAACUAACAAUAAAUUGAAUGUAUUAAA